UAUGAAAGACACCAGAGGGGUAAUUGCUAAAACAUGGGGGGCAAUAAAAUCUUUUGUUGGAGUUUCUGAUAAUUCUACCAGAGUCGAGAUGAUUGAUACCAUUAUUCUACACAUAUAUGCUGAUAGAAAGAACAUUAUCGAUGACGCUAUUACCAAAAUCAAUCAAUUAAUGGAGUCUGAAUCCAUUGACACUACUAUUGCAAAGGACACAGUAAAUAAGCUUACAGAUGAAGAUAUGUCUGAAAUAUACCAAGUAGCUGAACCCCUGAAGGUUAAAGUUCAGCAAAUAGAUACUGGACGUGUCAAGCAGCUACGAAUACAAGGAAUUACACAAUCUGUUAUGCAAGUAUUGAACGUGUACAGAACCCACGAUUAUAUCGACAAUAUGUGA